UUGCGCCGUGCACAGGCAAGCCCUGGUGCGCAUUGGCCCCUUCGGCCGCCGUCGGCCGGUAGUUACUAUGGAAACCCAGCUGCCAUCGCUAUGUCUCUGCAAAAGACCCCUCCGACCCGAGUGUUCGUGGAACUGGUUCCCUGGGCUGACCGGAGCCGGGAGAACAACCUGGCCUCAGGGGGAGAGACGCUACCGGGCUUACGCCACCCCCUCUCCUCAACACAAGCCCAAACUGCUACCCGCGAGGUGCACGUAAGCGGCACCUCAGAAGUGUCUGCGGGCCCUGACCGGGCGCAGGUGGUGGUGCGAGUGAGCAGCACCAAGGAGGCGGCAGCCGAGGCCAAAAAGAGCGUUUGUCGCCGUCUAGAUUACAUCACGCAGAGCCUCCAGCAGCAGGGCGUGCAGGCAGAAAAUAUAACUGUGACAAAGGAUUUUAGGAGAGUGGAAAAUGCUUAUCACAUGGAAGCAGAGGUCUGCAUUACAUUUACUGAAUUUGGAAAAAUGCAAAAUAUUUGUAACUUUCUUGUUGAAAAGCUAGAUAGCUCUGUUGUCAUCAGCCCACCCCAGUUCUAUCAUACUCCAGGUUCUGUUGAGAAUCUUCGACGGCAAGCCUGUCUUGUUGCUGUUGAGAAUGCGUGGCGCAAAGCUCAAGAAGUCUGUAACCUUGUUGGCCAAACCUUAGGAAAACCUUUACUAAUCAAAGAAGAAGAAACAAAAGAAUGGGAAGGCCAAAUAGAUGAUCACCAGUCAUCCAGACUCUCAAGUUCAUUAACUGUACAACAAAAAAUCAAAAGUGCAACAAUACAUGCUGCUUCAAAAGUAUUUAUAACUUUUGAGGUAAAGGGAAAAGAGAAGAGAAAAAAGCACCUUUGAAAUUCCAAACAAAUUAUAUUGUACUUGUAUCUUUUUACCUAUUUUUAUACUUUUUAUAAUGUUUACUUUUGUCCUGAAUAUAUAUAUAUAUAUAUUGUAUAGGAGAUAAGCUAUUUCUUUCCAAAAUCUAUAAAUCUUUGAAUAUAGUCCCACAGAAUACUUAUGUUCACUUUCUAUUUUUAAAAGACUACUCUGAAAAACACUCUUGGAUAAUAAAUGUAUUAUGUACAUACUUAUAUACUGACAGUUCAUACAAGCACAUGUGUAAUAUUUCUGUUAUAAGGACAGAUAUUGACCCUUGCAUUUCAUAAUUUUUGAAGAUAUUUAAGCUAACAUUUUCUCAGCCACAUUUUUAUAUAAAACCAAAUUUUAUGUAAAAACUAGGCUUCAAUAAGUUAGCUAAAUUUUUUAAAUUGUAAGACAAAAUUUUUAUGGAAAAGAAUUCCUAUAUCCCAUCAAACCUAAUAAUUUUCCACAACUAAAAAUGAGUAUAAAUACAUAAUUUUAAGUGCAUCCUGUCAGGUCUGAUAUUUAAUUUUACUUUAGUUAGAAGCUAAGUAGUUACCCUAUUACUUUUUCAUGGAUGCUAACAGAAGACUUGAGAUUCCCAGACAGAAACAAAGGACUAUUACUCAUGGCACAACAAGGAGCGUGAGCAUCAGCACGUUCUCAUUGCUUCCCCUUGUCCCAGGUCCCAUGGGGGCAAAAUGAUAUGGCCAUAUGCAAUAUGGCUACAUAUACAGCGGGCUUUUGUUGUAGGUAAAGAAUACUGAUCUUGGAGGAUUCACUGCUUUUUAUCCAUGAACAGAAGAAAACCUGCUCUUUGCCUCAUCCCUUAUAGAUGCUCACUCAAAACUCAAUACUGAGAAAUGGCCCGGGUAAAGAACAGCCAAGGUCUUUCAUGCUUGCCACACCCAGCAAUAUGUUUAGGAAGGUGAAGUCUAUUGAGGGCUAUCUCACAUCUAACAGUUUCUUUACUAGGACCAGAGACCAUUUUGGUAAGAUGCAGAUAACAACCCCAACCUUAACAACUUCACAACAUGAAUAGAAAUAGUGAUAAAUAAUUCAUAGCUUUUUACAAAAGAAUAAUGAGGUAUAAUAGGAAAAUGUUUUGAUGCCAAAACCAAAAGAGUUAAUGUUUGGAUCGGACUCCAACAGGGCUCCUUAGAGUGAUACAAAUACAAAGCAAACGAUAUGUGUAAUUUAAAAUUUCCUAGUGCACAUGUUUUUUUAUUUUUCUUUUUCGAGAUGGAGUCUUUCUCUGUCGCCCAAGCUGGAGUGCAGUGGUACAAUCUCAGCUCGCUGCAACCUCUGCCUCCUGAAUUUAAGCGAUUCUCCUGCCUCAGCCUCCCAAGUAGCUGGGAUUACAGGCGUGAGCCACUGCAUCUGGCCCUGUACACACAUUUUUAAAAAUAAAACUUUAAAAAAGAAACAGUUGAAACUAAUUUUAGUAACAUUUUAUUUAACCAAAUAUAUCAAAAAUAUUAUUUCAGCAUGUAAUCAGUAUUUUUUAAAUUAAUGAGAUGUUUGUUUUAUCUUCAAAAUUCAGUGUAUAUUUUUACAUUAUAGCACAUCUCAAUUCACAUAUUAAAUUUUCAUCAGAAAUAUUUUAUCUGUAUUUAAAUUUCCUAAAAUGUACAGUUGAAAAAAAGAGAUUCACAUACCCAGGUUGUUCUAGCAUGCCUAAAAAAUCUUGUAACUGGAUCAAGUAUCAGUUUUUAAAUUAGUUAAAAUUAAAUAAAAUUUAAAAUUUAGUUCCUCAGUCACACUAGCCAUAUUUCAAGUACUUGAAGGCCACAAAUGGCUUGAGACUACCUUGCUGAACAGACCAAGGUCAAACACUGAGAAAUAAUAGUGAUUCUUAAGGCCAUUUGAAAGUUAACAGCAAGUAUGUAUUACUGCUAUCUACAGUAAGAAUUACAUGUUAUCUACAGGCAAUCAUAAGCCAUGUCUGUUAUGCAGCAUAGGCUUUCCAUUCUCUAUACAUCUAGGUCAUAGAGUUUUUCCAUUGAUAAAUCUGGAUGUUUAUAUACCAACAUUACUUUCUUACAACAUAUUCCAGUAUAUAGUGUCCAUCUUCACCCACUUUUUAAAGUGGCCCUGAAACAAUUUUAUUCGUCUUAUUGGAGUGUUGCUGUAGGGGAAGAGUAGAAGCUAAGAAGAGUUUGAGUUCAACACCAUUAUAUCCAAAUCCUGACCUUACUACUGGAAUGUAAGCUCCUUGAAAGUGGAGAUCUUGUCUGUCUUGUUCACAGUUGUGUUCCCAGCCCCAGAGGUAGUCUCAGGGCCAAUACCAAGUAUGCUCUCAAAUAUUUGCUGGGAAAAUUUACUAGCUGGAUAAAAGGCAAGUUACUUUAAUCUCUUUAAUCUUCCUUUGUCCUUACAAAUGAAAGAGACUAAUAGUACUUAACCUUGCAGUGUUAUUAUAAGGAUUAAAGUUGAUAAAUAUAUGAUCAUGAGAACAAUUGCUAGCACAUAGCGGUCACUCUGAAAAUAGUAGCUGAUAUAUCAGCUGCAUUGUUUGAUUAUUGUUGGCUCAAUUAAAAGUUGGCUUUUCCAAAUCCUCCAUUAGGAAGAAUUUUUAAAUAGCCAUAUUGAAAAUAAAGUUGUCAGAAAACCAA